GAGGUUGACGUGGCAGCCUGGCAGGAGCACACGCGCUACGAGCACUGCACAGCGCGCACGCCGCAGCUGGGCUGGCUGUGGGCCGCGGUGGCGGGCUGGGGCGCCGAGCGCCGCCGCCAGCUGCUGGCGUUUGUGACCAGCAGCAGCGCGCUGCCGGCGGGCGGCUUUGCCGCGCUGCGAGGCUUCAACGGCGCCCUGCACCCCUUCACAGUCUCGCUGGUGGCGGUGGAAGGUGACGAGCGCCUGCCCCGAGCCUCCACCUGCUUCAACACGCUCUUCCUGCCCGCGUACAGCAGCCCGGCGGUGCUGGAGGCGCGCCUGGUGCAAGCCAUAGGCGGCCAGCAGGCCUUUGACGAG